AUGGAGGCGGCCGACUUCUUCUGCGUGACCGAGUGCAAGGGUCAGAAGACCAUCGACGGCGAGCAGGUGCCGCUGGUCCUGGCUCCUACAGAGAGCACCAAGGGAGGCAACGGCGUCGAGGCGCUGGUGGAGGCGCUGAGGGCGAACCGGGAGUGGGUGGAUGGCAAGGUGGUUGCCAACAGCGGCGUGCUGCUGCGCGGCUUCGACGUGCGCGACGCCGUCGAUUUCAACGCCGUCGUCGAGGCGCUGGGGUGGCCGGACAUCCGGUACGUCGGCCCGGCGCCGCGCACCCACAUCCACGGCCGCGUCUGGACCGCCAACGAGGGGCCCCUCGAGGAGUUCAUCUACUACCACCACGAGAUGGUCCUGAUCAAGGAGUUCCCGGAGAAGGUGAUCCUGUUCUGCGAGGUGCCGCCGCCGUCGGGCGGGGAGACGCCGUUCGUGCCGAGCUUCCGCGUGACGGAGCGCGCGCUGGCGGAGUUCCCGGAGACGGUGGAGGAGCUGGACGCCAGGGGCCUCCGCUACACCUUCACGGCGCUGAGCAAGAACGACACCGGCUCGAUGCGGGGACGCGGGUGGGAGGACGCCUUCGCCACCUCCGACAAGGCGGAGGCGGAGCGGCGGGCGCGGGCGCUCGGGAUGGACGUGGAAUGGCUCCCCGGCGGCGGCAUUCGCACGGUCCUCGGCCCGCGGAAGCUCACGCGCGUGUUCCCCGGCCGGAAGGGGCGGAGGAUGUGGUUCAACACCGUGGUGGGGAUGCACGGCAAGGAGCUCAGCUCGGCGACGCUCGCCGACGGGUCCGAGAUCCCCGCGGAGUUCGUGCGCCGCUGCGGCGAGAUCAUCGAGGAGGAGAGCAUACAGUUCCGGUGGGAGAAGGGGGACAUCCUCAUCCUCGACAACCUCGCCACGCUCCACGGCCGACGCCCCUCGCUGGCGCCGCGCAAGGUCCUCGUCGCCACCUGCAAGUGAAGCAAAUUGAUCAUGGAGUCGCCGCCGGCACUCGGCCUGCUCCUUGUCGCCCAUGUUCUGUUGGUGUCAUUUCACGUACUCCGCUGCAAUAAGAUUAUUAUACUAGUAGUAUUAUAGGUUGUGUUGAGGAGCGUCGGCAGUAGAUCGAGCGGCUUGCAGGUGUGAU